AUGCUUGUGCAUCACAGGUGGUGGCCACCAGCCAACAGGCGAGGGAAAGCCCUUUGCAGUGGCAGGACUGUGCAUUGGAUCCAGAAGACACGAGAGAACAUGUUGAGGAAGUGCAGGUUACUUGCCGCGUAUAAUAGUCUUACCGACAAACACCUGACUGGAUAUUUUAACAAUACAAGGAUAAGGCGGCAUCUCUUAAGAUCAGGGCUGAUCACAAGAAAUGGAAGAAUACUUUCUGAAAAAGAAUACAAACUAAAUAUCAUGAAGAGGGAUCACCAAAAAUAUAUCCGGGAGUGCUUAGCCCAGGCUAUUUUCCAUAAGGUCCUUGAUAUGGAGCGUUACCAUCAGCUUGAAAUUAAAAAGAAACUGGAGACCUUAGCUAGAAAGGAGCGAAUUCAGAGAUUUAAGGGAGCGCCCACAAGAUGGUCUAUAGAAAAAAACAUGCCAGUGCUGUCUCCCCACCCCCCAGUGGGCCCAAAGACUAACCGUGGCCAUAGUGUUCUGGUUGAUGAAGGACAUUCCAGUCCAAUAACAGUGACAGCCCCUCGACCACACACUGCCCCAGGAAUGAUGCAGCCUCCAAUUCGAUUACAGCCUCUUCCCAGUCAUCCUGCAGCAGGAACUGUUCCAAAGGUAACUCCCGGGUCCAGAUCCAAAACCUCACCGCCGGAAAAUGAAGCUCCAUUUCCCAUUGGGGGCAAGAAGGCAAUGAUGAAGCUCAGGAACUCCAUGGACAAUUCACAGGGAAUGAAACAGUGUCAACCUCUGAACAUUAACAGUUACAUGAUGCCUGUUCCUCCUCCACCUCCUUCCCCGAAUGGAAAAAUCACAAGGGAAAGUAGAUCUGAAACAUGGAGAAGGAGAAGAUUUCGGUCAAGCACUGCUCCAAAUGGCUUAGAACCAAUCUUUACCAGGGAUUCAAGAAGGAUUAAUAAAACACCACUGCAUAGUAAUGCAGUUAUUACAAUGAUCUAUUUGGGGAAGACUGUGCACUUACGUUAUAAUUACCCAGAAUUCCAGGAUGAAAUACAAGUUUAUCAACAGCACUGUGGUGGAGAAAACCUUUGUGUCUACAGAGGCAAACUACUUGAAAAAGAGACCUUUCAGUUUAUUUCCAAAAGGCACCAUGGUUUCCCCUUCAGUCUCACCUUUUUCCUGAACGGGAUGCAGGUGAACAGGCUGAGCUCCUGCUGUGAAUAUAAGCAUCGGAAAGGUUCCAGACUUGGAGGCAAAGGAAGCUACUUUGGGUUCGUGUGUGUGGAGAGAUCAUCACCUUGCUACAAGUGCAUUAUUGCAAUGGGCCUUGACAAAAAACCAACUUCGCCAAAACCUAGGAAACAAAAAAGUCUUGAGAAAAGAGAGGAACCGAAGGGCGAGGGGAAACUGAGGAAGGAUAGAGCAUACAUCGUCCCAAGAAGGAAUGAGAUGGAGGGGAGCAAAACCUCUUCAGUCUUUUUUUCAGCCGACGAAGAAAAAUCAGGGGUUGAAGAUGUAAGAACUGCUGUAGAAGAAAUGGAACGUAAAGGAAAACAACAUGUUUGGGAAGAUGACCAGGAAAAUAUAUUUAAAUACGAAUAUGAAGAAGAUUUUGAAGUAGACGAGGAGAAACAAGAUGAGAAAGCUAAUAAAGAAGGACAGGCUGAUGAUCAAAUGAAUGAAAUGUCAAAGUCACCAUCAGACGAUGAAAAAGAUAAUUUAGACCCUGAAAAGGACAGUGAAACCUUGUCACAGAAGGCACCAGAUGCUGAUGACAGUGUGAAAGAUGAGAGUGAUGGAUGCUCUGAUAGUGAAUUGGAAGAAGAUAAACAAGACAUAAAAACCGCGUCGUCCUCCUCGUGCAGAAGUCACCCCUACUCUAGCUGCAGCGAAGAUGAGUCUGUCCUGGAGGACAGGGAAGCGCACGCGGAAGACAGUGCAGACGAAAGUGUCCGAAGUUCAUCUUCUCAGGAGUUGAGUGAAAAUGAUGAGCCAGGAAAAUCACACCUUCCCACUGAGGAUUCCUUAGAAAUUGAAGAUCAAAAAAUUAUAAAAGCAGAUGUAGAGAUCAAGACUCUGCCAAGAGAGGAAAGCUUGGAGAACGUUCUUGAAGAAGAAACAGAAAAUAGAACCCAAGUGAUUGCAGAGGGCUUUUCUGAGGAGUCCCGGGAACAUGUUUCCAAGGAAGAAAAGAAAAAUUACAGGAGUAAGCUUUGGAAAGGAAGCACUGCUAAGGGGAAGGACAAAAAGUCAGGUCUCUGUAGGGUGGAGAAAGGUGUUGGACAGAUAUUAGGCGGAGCUGUGGAACCUGGCUGCCACUACCCCUGUGAUGCUGAGUCUGGUGUUAACAGCACAGAUGAGGAGGAGAAGCUCUUGACCAAGCUGGAGAUUGACACAGGUGCAGUACCAAACAGGAUUUUAGUGGCGGAAGAAAGCACAGCCCUCACCUCAAACAAAGAAUCCAAGCCAGUUGCAUCAGAAAUGUACACAGUGGGGAAAGAAGAAGCAGUGGAAGAAGAAGGGGCUCCCCAACACAGGGAUGCUGACACACUAGAAGAAAAAGGGGGUGUAACACUGGGGAGUAAAGCAGGGAUUAAGGAGAUUCCCUUGGGGGAGUGGAAGCCAACAGCAGAGCAGCCAGUUUUAGUAGCACUGUUUACUGGGGAAAGGGAGAGCCCUCAGGGCAUAGCAAGCAGGGCAGAGGCAGAAGGGGCUAGAGAGCUGGAUGGAGAGGGGUUAAAGCCAAUGGGAGAAGAAGCAGCAAGAGCCUCAGGAAGUCUGAAUGAAGAAGAGGCUCCUGAACAGCAGGCCUUGAUGCAGACAGUGCUGGAGACAGAGAAGGCAGCUUCUGAAGAGGAGCAGAGUUCGGAGAAGGCAGUGUUUGCCAGCAAGACUGCAGCUCAGAACUCAGAGUGUGUUCAGGAGGUAGCAGCCCCGAGAGAGGCUGUGAUGCUGGAGAAGGGAGAGGCCGAGAGAGGGGUGGCUGUGAGUGAGGCAGGCUCUGAAAAGCCAGACAUGGAGGACAGUGAAGAGAAAGCAUCCAUAGAUCUAGGGGACAUGGCACCUGAGGAUGACACUGCAUUCGAGAGAGCAGAUGGUUCAGAAGAGGCAGUAUUUGGGGGCGAGGAACCAGCCAAAGCAAGGAAGACGGUUAUGAGAAUCGAAACACCUUUGAGCUCCUCCACUUCUGAGAAGGCCGAGGCCACCAGCAUGAGGAUUUCGGAGGAAAGCCUGGAAGAACUUUGUAAGAAAGCUGAGAAAAAGAAGGAUGUUGAGACUGAGGUAGAAUCUAAUAAGAAAGAUGAUAGGAAAGAAACAUUACCUGAGGAAUUCGAUGCAGCAAGACAGAGGAGGAAAGCUGAGAGGCCAAGAACACCUUUGGGGGAAACUGAAUCUGAAAGAGAAGAGGUGACAAGGGCAAAUGCUCUUCAGGAUGAAGAUAUUUUAGCAGGAGAGCAAAAGUUUAAAGGGGAAGAGGGGGAAAUUGUGAAGGAAGUAAGACCCGUGGAAGAGACACCAGGCCCCCUAGAUGAAACAGAGUGUGAUGUUAAGAAUGCAGCACCCGUGGAGGGUCCUGAAUGGACUGAAGACACAGGCCCGCAAGGGGAUGAUUCACUGAGAGAGAGGGAGGUGGGCAUGCUUGAAGCAGCACCUGGAUUUGAAAAGUCACCGGAAAAUACAAUAGUUGUGAGGAAAGAGGAAGGAGGGGAAAGACUAAGAGAAGCUGGAAACACGGGGCAUAAAGGCAGAGCAGAGCUACUCUGCAGGGAAAACAGGGAGAAGGAGACUCCCUCAGAUCAGGAUGAUGGGCCAGGCCCUGAGGGAGAGGGUGUGUUAGGAGCUCCUGAAAGUGACCCAGCAGGACAUGCCCAAGAGUGUGCAGCCAAAGAUCAAGAUGGCCUUGCAGGAGUGAAAAAGAGGGAAAAGGAAGGGUCUUUACAAGGGGAACAAGGAGUGGGGGCCCAAGAAGAUAUUUCUGAAGGAGAGUCCGUGAUGGUAGAAAAGUUAAGUGAGGAAGUGAUGGAUGAGGAGCCAGAGGAAGAGGUGGAUCAAGAGUGCUCUCUGGAGACAGGAGUGAUGAAGAAUGGGCACAAAGAGGGGGUUGGGAGCUUACAAGGAAGAAUGGUUGUGGCUAAAGAAGAUCUCCAGGAAGGAGGAGUGGCAGGAAUGGCUGACGAGAAGAGAGAGGUGUUGGCAGAUUUGAAGACAGCUGAGGAAAAAACAGAAGCAAAUACAGCCUCCUCCCUUUCAGAUGUUGCUGAUGAGGAAACUUGGCACAAAGUGGAUGAGUUACUAGAAAAAACAGCGUCUGCAGAGAAGGUGGCGGCAGAGGAAAUAGCGCUGAGCAGGGAGAGGGUGCCAGCAGCGGAGGAGGUGACCGUGAUUGGGGCGUCAGAGGCUGAGGUGGGGGCUCUAGAAGAACCUUCAGACCUGGAAGAGAAGGCCCCUCAGCUAGGGCCAGAUCAAAAGGGAGGGGAAGCAGGGAUGGGGAGCCCUGGUGGGGGGCAGGAGUCAGGCAAGGCUGAAGAUGUCAGACUGGGACUAUCCCAACAGACAGAGUCAGAGCUGAGUAGAGAGGGUCUACAGGCUGUGGAAAUACUCCCUGGAAAAGCCAAUUGCCCUGGAACCCAAGAGAAGCAAGAGCACAAAGUGCAAAGAGAAAGUGAGAACACAGAUGUUUCCCUGAACAGCAAGAAGGCCUAA